AUGGAGACUUGGGCUGGCUUCUUCCCAGGAUUGCACUUAUCUGUAGGUAUCUGGGUGAUGAUAGCCGCUCUUACCCUGCAAAAUGCCAAGGCGGAGAUAACGUGCUCAUCUUGCCCGUCGCCAGUUCAACUUCACCUGGAGAAAUUACAGAUGGGAAUGCGCACUGACCCGACAGAGGAGCCAAGCGACUUAGAGUUGAAGGAACUCGGGGUUUCCGGACAAAAUACUGGAGUGGACGACGAGGAUGUCCCCAUGUUCCCUCAACAUGUCAGUUUGGAUGGAGUAAGAACAAAGGGAGAAACACCAGGGCAGAGUGGAGAAAGUCAUGGCGGCAGGGUUAAUGACAGGGAGCCCGAGUUGGGUGAGGAUGCUGCGCUCCGGAGAACGAGGAGAAGCGGUCCUGAGUUUGCCGAGUUCAGCGAGAGCAGGCGGACCGGCCGGACUGGCGUGGACGCGGGCGCACCGGACGAUCGAGGCUCGUUGUUUGACGGACAGAAGCAGGGCAGGUCCGACUUCGGCUGGAACAGGAACGAUGGGAGAGGAAAUACCCGGCAGGAUGAGCCCAAGAUCGCCAGCAGCACUUUCGCUCUGACGGGGGACUCUGCGCACAACCACGCGGUGGUUUACUGGUCAGGACAGAACAGCAGCGUGAUCCUGAUUCUAACGAAGCUGUACGACUUUCAUAUUGGCAGCGUCACUGAGAGCACUCUUUGGAGAUCCACUGACUAUGGCUCCACAUAUGAACGAAUGAACGACAAAGUCGGAUCCAAGAUUGUCCUGAGUUACCUCUACGUCUGUCCAACUAACAAGAGAAAGAUUAUGGUGUUGACAGAUCCGGAGUUUGAGAGCAGCGUACUCAUCAGCUCUGAUGAGGGAGCCAGCUACCAGAAGUACCGUCUCACGUUCUACGUCCUCAGCCUUUUAUUCCACCCAACUGAAGAGGACUGGGCCUUGGCCUACAGUCACGACCAGAAGUUAUACAGCUCGAUGGACUUUGGAAGAAAAUGGCAGCUCAUCCACGAACGUGUGACGCCAAACAGAUUCUACUGGUCUGUCUCGGGCCUAGACAAGGAGCCAGAUCUGGUCCACAUGGAGGCUCACACACCAGAUGGAAAUGUGCAGUAUGUCACAUGCAGAGCUCAGAUGUGCACGGAGGCCAACAGGAACUACCCGUUCCUUGAAUACAUCGACAUCAGCUCUUUGGUGGUCCAGGACGACUACAUAUUCAUACAGGUUCCGACAUUGGGUCGAGCCAACUAUUAUGUGUCCUACAAGAGAGAUUCGUUUAUACAAAUUAAACUGCCAAAAUAUUCCCUGCCUAAGGAUUUACACAUUGUCAGCACUGAUGAGAAGCAGGUAUUUGCGGCGGUGCAGGAGUGGAACCAGAACGACACCUACAACCUCUACCUGUCGGACACCAGAGGGAUCUACUUCACCUUGGCCAUGGAAAAUGUUAAAACCACGAAGGGUAUCGGAGGGAACCAGAUGCUGGACCUGUAUGAGGUGGCAGGAAUUAAAGGCAUGCUAAUCGCUAACAAGAGGCAAGACAACCAGGUUAAGACCUACAUCACCUACAACAAGGGCAGGGACUGGAGGCUGCUGCAGGCCCCUGCUGCUGACCUGGAUGGAAACGACAUCCACUGUAUUCUGCCUUUCUGUUCACUUCAUCUACAGCUGCAAACUUCAGAAAACCCUUACUUGUCAGGAACCAUCUCCACUAAGAGCUCGGCACCAGGGAUCAUAGUUGCCGCUGGGAACAUCGGAGCCGAGCUGUCUUACAACAACGUUGGCAUGUUCGUAUCUUCUGAUGCUGGCAAUAGCUGGAGACAGAUUUUUGAGGAGGAGCACAACGUGUGGUUCAUGGAUAGAGGAGGGGCCCUUGUCGCUGUGAAGCAGCCGUCCGUGCCAACCAGACACUUGUGGGUCAGCUUUGACGAGGGGCGGCAGUGGACCCAACAUAGCUUCUCCUCUGUGCCGCUGUUUGUGGAUGGAGUCUUGGUGGAGGCUGGGGCCGAGAACCAAAUCAUGACUUUCUUUGGACACUUCAGCCACCGAUCUGAAUGGCAGCUCAUCAAGAUAGACUACAAGUCCAUCUUCAGCAAGAAAUGCACGGAGGAGGACUAUCAGACAUGGCACCUGCACAACCAGGGUGAGCCAUGUGUGAUGGGACAAAAACAGAUUUACAUGAAGCGCAGGCCUGGAAACUACUGCAUGCUGGGAAAAGACUACUCCAGAAUCCUCUCAGCUGAGUCCUGUAUUUGCCGAGCUCAUGAUUUUGAAUGUGACUACGGAUACGAGCGGCGCGGGGAUGGGAACUGCCGGCCUGCAUUCUGGUUCAAUCCCUCUACUGUGUCCAGAAGCUGCAGUCAGGGCCAAAACUACUUCAACAGCACAGGGUAUCGUAAGGUGGUGCUGAACAACUGCACUAAAGGAGUGAAGGAAAUGUACACAGCAAGAAAGCAGCAGUGUCCAAAUAGACCUCCUAAAGGAUUGAUGGUGACCACCAGAGACGGCAAACUCACGGCCAACCUGGGAACCAACAUCACCUUCCUGGUGCAUCUGGAUGAGGGUGAUUCUUUACGGACCAACAUCCAGCUGGAUUUCGGUGACGGCACAGCCGUGUCGUAUUCCAACCUCAGCUGGACUGAGGAGGGAAUCAAGCACGUCUACAAGUCUGCUGGAAUAUUCCGUGUAACAGCGCUGGCAGAGAAUACGCUGGGUUUUGACACCACAACGCUCUUCCUGCAUAUCACAUGUCCAGUGGAACAUGUUCAACUCCUUGCUCCCUUUGUGGUCAUACGAAACAAGGAGGUGAACAUCACAGCUGUGGUGUUACCCAGUCACCCACGUACCGUCACCUACUUCUGGUGGCUGGGCAACAAUACAGAGCCAGUGAUAACGUUGGACGGGAGUAUCUCACACACCUUCACGAAUGAGGGAAUGCACACCAUCACAGUCCAAGUGGCUGCAGCCAACACCAUACUGCAGGAUACCAAGACCAUAGCAGUCAAAGAAUUCUUCAAAUCUCUACUUUUAUCUUUCUCACCUAAUCUGGACGAGUUCAACCCCGACAUACAUGAGUGGAGACAGGAUGUGGGGAGAGUAAUUAAGAAGGCUCUGCUUCAAGUGUCCGACUUCCCGGAGGAGCAGCUCUUGGUAGCCGUGUUCCCGGGAGUUCCAACAGCUGCCGAGCUCUUCCUGUUACCUCACAAGAACCAAUCAGAGGGCAAGAAAAAGAGUGAGGACGGGCUGGAGCAGGCGUCUGAUGUUAUUGUAAGUGCACUGAACCAAAACUUGGUGGAGUUCGAGCUCAAGCCUGGAGUGAGGGUGAUUGUGUACAACACACAGUUAACGCUGGCACCCUUGGUGGACUCCAGCCCCAGACACAGCAGCUCAGCGAUGCUCAUGCUCCUCUCGGUCGUGUUCCUGGGCCUAGCAGUGUUCCUCAUCUACAAAUUCAAGAGAAAAAUACCUUGGAUCAACAUAUAUGCUGAGGUGAACCAGGAGAAGGAGCAGGAGAUGAUUGGUUCAGUGGGCCAGGGCGACAGCACGCCAAAAAUCACCCUGAGUGAGUUCCCCACUUCCAAAGAACUCAUGGAGAAGGAACUGGAUGCCAGGGUCAAAAGGGGAGUUGGAAACGCCUGCGAGAGCACAAGGGAGAUUCCAAACUGUACGAGCGUGUAAGGCCGGAGAACACGUUGGUCCAUGUACAAAGCAAAGUAUUACCGUGUCGGGGUUCUCUUUUUCUGUUUUGUAAUUCAACACAGCCGAUGUUAAUAGUUUUCUAAGGGACCUCAUUUAUACAGACAUGCAUGGAUGUCUCGUUCAACAACAUCCAUGCAGCAAAUGUCAAUUUCCUCAAUGAGAUUAUUGUAAUUACUGGCAAAACGUAUUCAGUUUUGUGGAUGUAUAAGCUACAGAACGAAAUUCAUUUGCAGAGUGAAAUAUCUUUGAUCGACACCUAUGAAAGGAUAUGUACAUUUCCUAAGAAGUUUGCCUUUAAAAAUAAUUUCUGCUUAUAUAUAGUCUUCAGUCCAACAGAGAAUAUUAUUGAAAUGUACAAUAUUAUCAUCUGUUAAAUGUAUAUAUUAUUACUUUCUACAUGCUCAUAGUCUGAGUACCAUGGCAAUGACAGGAGAUGUUACGAUGGUCCUUUUUUGAAAGUGUGGUAAAAAAGUCAAACAUUACUUAAAGAAAAUCAACUUUGUUUUGCUAAGGUCCUUGACUUGUGCAUGUUCUUACUGAGGAUACGGUUUCUGUGUUGUAGAUAGGGCAAGUGUUGUAAAUAGUUAUUUUCUAAACAUUCAUCAAAAGAGCCCAGUCGGUUUUGCCUCGAUUUCAGUUCUGCUCUUAUUUUCUUCAUUUACUGUUUGGCGGUAUGUAUCUAGUACAAAGCGUUUCUCUGUUAAUACAGGUCCAUGCAGCAGAGCUGUAUUGGCAUAUUGCAGAUUUAACUUCCUUCCAUUUUGGUGGAAAUUAAAUGAAAAGGAUCAAUGUGAACAUGAUCAUGUUCAAUAUGUUUAUAUUUUCAUUAGACAUAUAGACUUAUACUUAUAGAUAUUCAAGCAUAUUACAACGAUUACUUUAAAGUCUGGUGAAGUCAUUGAGUCUGAACUAUGUGAACCAAACAUCAUCUGCCAUCAGCAUCAGUGCAUUACAGUUUUUCCAUGAGUAAUUGGCUGUUAGAGUUCUGUGGUUAGGCUUCAGAACAAAAGCUCAAAUACAAUGAAGACGUUAUUAUACUGUGGCUACCAGUGAUCACAUUCACAAGACUCACAUGUUAGGAAAAAGGUCACAAUAAAAAAUGUGACAUUAUAAUUGAAAUUUACAUCCUCUAAAAUACCAGUAAGCCUAGUGUUGGGUUCUUGUACCUGCUGCCAUUUGGGAUUUGGUUUCUGUUCGGCAAUAGGACCAAUUUUACAAAGCUGAUGCUCUUUUUCGAAUCCUCUAAUAAUUUCUCUUUUUAGCCAAUGAGUCGUCACUUUGGUCCAGACCUGUGACUUUAUAUAAAGAUCAAUAACAGGACAGCUCCCUGAAGUGAAGCCAAAACAUCUUGAUCGCCCCUCGAUGGCUACAGUGCAGGUCAUAAGCCCCACCCCAUGCAUGUUAGCAGAUGGGUCACACAAAAGAUAAAUGUAGAUACCAAAUAUGUUUUUCCAAAGAUGUUUUUUGUCAUUAUAGGUUAUUAUUAUCUAUAUAUUCUAUAUUAUCUAUAUAUAUAUAUUCAAGUGGUCCUGUUAUUAAUAAGUUUAGUUGUAAUGCUUUGAAUUCCUCGUGAUAGCUUGAACCAGUGUCAUGACUGGACCUCAAUAUCACAGCUGCACUCAUUGAUCCAAGAUGGCAACGUCCAUAUUUAAGAUAUUUUGGCAUACUUCAUUGGAAAGAGGUGUAGACUUGCUGAGCGUCUUUGUGCACAGUCAUUGAUCCUGCUAUAAUAUCUCAACACCAUUUAGAUGGAUUUUGACCUGUACAGUAUCCAAGGGACAAAUUCAAACUUUGGAUGAUCCUGUGAUACCACCUAGCACCACCUGUCAGGUCACAAAAGAUGUCUUUGAUUGAAAUGUCUUGACAGUGACUGUAAGGACUGUCCUGAAAGUUUGUGCAGACAUCUAACCUCUUCAAAACAAAGCUUUGUGACUUCCGCGAUCCUUUCUUUGCUCGCUCGCUUGUCCAGUGCUUUGGUUUCCAAUGAGCCUCAGGUGAAGUUUAUGUGUUAUGUGAACAGACAGUCUAAAUACAGCUUUUGUCUAUUAUCUAGCAAGUGUUUGAAGAAACAUUAGGCAAUGUUAUCAAAAUUAGCAGCCGGCACUGGCCACUUUUUUUCCUCCAUGGAAACGGCGUAAUUGUCAGCAGCUAACAAAAUAUGAUUACACGUCAAAAUUUGAAUAACAAGUUUUAGUUAUUUAUACACGUAGAUACUUGUAAGACAUUUAACUUCAUUUUAUUAAAUCAAACCCUUGGUAGGCCUAUUGGUAUUUUAGAGGAUCCUGCAUUGUUGAAUGUUAUAUUCAAAUGACCAUAGAAUAUAAAAAAAAAAUCAUGCUUCAAAUUUGACAGCUCAUUAUUUUGUUCACAAAUGAAUAUAACACUGGUUUGGAAUAAGCUCUUUCUGUUUGCUCAGGUUCUUGGGGUAUUUGCUUCAUACAUCUCAUUGUGGCUUUCUACAUUUUUGUUUGCUGCUGUGAGUGUCGUGAUUAUUUACAGUGCUCCAUCCGCCACAGCUUUCACGCCGACUCACAAAUAUUCUCAUUCAGUUGACAAUAUUGUCAACUGAAUGAGAAUAAGUAGAAAGACUGAAACGGUUUAUGAUAAUGUCUGGCAGUGCACAAACAGAGCACAUACAGGACAACUGAGAUGGGCUGAUAUUUUUAACCCACUCUCCCUACGGCCAUCAGGCCACUUCCACAGCAACACUUACUAUUUUGCAUUUAAUUUAAAGUGAGGGAGUGGUGUCCUCCCAGCAUGCACCUCUCCAUCAGUGUUGGUUUCUCCAGUCCUACGAGGUGGAAGUCGACUUGUGUCGACCUCCUGGUAUUAAAAAUAAUGGUAAUCAGAGGAAGCUGGAUAGUGGGACAGCCGCGCUGAACGGCAUGCUGUGCAGAAACCUUCCCACAAUGCUUUUUCAAAAUGUAAGUCCACAGCAGUUGCAGGAGAAGCGAGUGGGCUGCCACAUCACAUAUGCAUUACCUCAAACAGAGUGCUCUCAUCUCAAAGCAAACAGCCAAGCCAAGCCUUGUUACUGCAGGCAGACACACACUGAACAUAGAUUGUUUCAUAUCUUUGUUGUAUUCAACACAUGUCAUAAGCAAAGGGUUGUUUACUUGGCUGGAUGUUGCUUGGCUGGGGGCUUUGAUGGUGUCACUUUGUUCUGAUUCUUAAUAGCAAAACAGGAUUAGGGGGAACAGAAAAUGAGAUAUAAAAAAGUUUGCACUGCCCACAUCUCUAAUCAUACUUGUAGCGCAUUUUCUUUCUUGCCUCAUGGACCCUUUGGAUUUGUGAAGAAUGUAUGAUGACUACACUGGUUCAUAACCAGGCCAUAACACCGCGUAGAAGCUGUUGCCGGGUAAGAGUUUGGAGCUCCUUAAAAGUCUGUAAAGAAAGUAAAGAAUGACGGCUGAAAAUGUUGAGCUUUGGAUCUGCACAGACAAAUAUGGAACUGUCACCAGUGAAAGAAACCUUAGUGUUUUGGGUAAUUUCCUGGUGUUUACUUCCUAAUUGUUCAUCCAAUCACCACCCUGGUCACUGGAAACGGCUAACUCAUCUGAUAACUCAAACGCCACCUUACACUGUUCGAUCCAGACCUCUGAGGGAAUCCAUACUUGACAAAUAAGAGAUUCUUGUGUUUGUGAUAUUUCAGAAGGCAAAAGCAUUGUAAUGUUCUUCAGUGCACAAAAAUCUACAAUGCAUGCAUGAUCUGUAAUGUUCUAUUUCAUCUUUAUUUCGAUAU